AUGGAAGUCCGACGACGAAAAAUCGACGUGCUCAAGGCCCAGAAAAACGGCUACGAAUCGGGCCCACCAUCUCGACAAUCGUCGCAGCCCUCCUCAAGAGCAUCGUCCAGAACCCGCAACAAACACUCCUCGUCCACCCUGUCGCUCAGCGGACUGACCAUGAAAGUCCAGAAGAAACCUGCGGGACCCCCGGCGAACUCCAAAACGCCAUUCCUACACAUCAAGCCCGUGCACACGUGCUGCUCCACAUCAAUGCUUUCGCGCGAUUAUGACGGCUCCAACCCCAGCUUCAAGGGCUUCAAAAACAUCGGCAUGAUCAUUCUCAUUGUGGGAAAUCUACGGCUCGCAUUCGAAAACUACCUCAAAUACGGCAUUUCCAACCCGUUCUUCGACCCCAAAAUUACUCCUUCCGAGUGGCAGCUCUCAGGCUUGCUCAUAGUCGUGGCCUACGCACAUAUCCUCAUGGCCUACGCUAUUGAGAGCGCUGCCAAGCUGCUGUUCCUCUCUAGCAAACACCACUACAUGGCCGUGGGGCUUCUGCAUACCAUGAACACUUUGUCGUCCAUCUCGUUGCUGUCCUACGUCGUCUACUACUACCUGCCCAACCCCGUGGCAGGCACAAUAGUCGAGUUUGUGGCCGUUAUUCUGUCUCUCAAACUCGCCUCAUACGCCCUCACUAACUCGGAUCUCCGAAAAGCCGCAAUUCAUGCCCAGAAGCUCGACAAGACGCAAGACGAUAACGAAAAGGAAUCCACCUCGUCUUCCUCUUCUUCAGAUGACGCAGAGACUUUGGCAGACAUUGACGUCAUUCCUGCAUACUACGCACAGCUGCCCUACCCCCAGAAUGUGACGCUGUCGAACCUGCUGUACUUCUGGUUUGCUCCCACACUGGUCUACCAGCCCGUGUACCCCAAGACGGAGCGUAUUCGACCCAAGCACGUGAUCCGAAACCUGUUUGAGCUCGUCUCUCUGUGCAUGCUUAUUCAGUUUCUCAUCUUCCAGUACGCCUACCCCAUCAUGCAGUCGUGUCUGGCUCUGUUCUUCCAGCCCAAGCUCGAUUAUGCCAACAUCUCCGAGCGCCUCAUGAAGUUGGCCUCCGUGUCUAUGAUGGUCUGGCUCAUUGGAUUCUACGCUUUCUUCCAGAACGGUCUCAAUCUUAUUGCCGAGCUCACCUGUUUUGGAAACAGAACCUUCUACCAGCAGUGGUGGAAUUCCCGCUCCAUUGGCCAGUACUGGACUCUAUGGAACAAGCCAGUCAACCAGUACUUUAGACACCACGUCUACGUGCCUCUUCUCGCUCGGGGCAUGUCGCGGUUCAAUGCGUCGGUGGUGGUUUUCUUUUUCUCCGCCGUCAUCCAUGAACUGCUUGUCGGCAUCCCCACUCACAACAUCAUCGGAGCCGCCUUCUUCGGCAUGAUGUCGCAGGUGCCUCUGAUCAUGGCUACUGAGAACCUUCAGCAUAUUAACUCCUCUCUGGGCCCCUUCCUUGGCAACUGUGCAUUCUGGUUCACCUUUUUCCUGGGACAACCCACUUGUGCAUUCCUUUAUUAUCUGGCUUACAACUACAAGCAGAACCAGUAG